AUGGGAGCUGUGAAGCACUUCAUGAUGCAGCCGCCAGAGGUCGAGCGGGGGCUCGACGUCCUCGGCAAGGGACUCCUGGAGGCCAUCAGCGAGCCGAUUCGGGAGCAGUACGGCAACGCGACCGCUUAUGCGGCCUUCGAGCACGAGUGGAUGAGCUUCUUCGACAGCGCUGCUAGCACCGCUCCAACCGUCCAGGGCAACAUCACGCUCUUCCAGGAGGAGGGCCGUCCUGACGCAGUGAUCAUGGCCAUCUCUGACGUCCUCUUGCUGUUGAGUGACGGCGUCGUGAGGUUCGUCCCGCACGAGACCGCGCAGGAGGUGGCGACGUACGUGGACGCAGUGGGCGACCUUCUGGGCGCCGUGGGCGCCAGCUGGGAGGGCUUCGGGAGCGGACAGGAGGCGCAGGCCAUCGAGGAUCUCUACUUCGCGCUCAGGGGGGUUCUGGACCAGGUGCUGCCCGAGGAUCUGCGCAACGACGAGACGUACAAGCUCGUCAUCGGGACCCUCGACGGGGUGAUCUACAGCCUGAGCGAGACGGUGCUGGACUUCCAGAGGCAGAUCGUUGAGGGCACCGUGUGCUGGAAGGUCCAGGAGGCCAGGACGAAGAGGCGCCCGAGCGUCUGCCCCGAGGGCUUCUAUUGGAACGGCGAGCAGCUCUGCCUGCCCAAGCCCGCGCAGGAGCCCGAGGAGCUGCUGCAGGAGGCGCACCGCGCCGGCACCGCAGGCGGCCUCGACCGUGCGGUCGCCGGCAAGGUGGACAGCUCCGCGGGUGCCAAGCAGCCCAUCCCCGACGGGGCCAUGGUUGCCCUCUGCGAGGAAGCCGGCAACUACACGGAGAAGGUCGGCCAAUGGUGCUACGCCGCCUGCCCGGCCGGCAUGGCGUCGAACGGGCUGCAGUGCAAGACGCAGUGCCAGGGCGACUUCCCAGCCGACGACGGUGCGAUGAUGUGCGGGCACAAUCCUGGCGUGCUCGCAGAGGCUGUCAUGAACAUGGUCAUCGGCAUCAGUACUGGCGCCAUCAAUUCUGGCCUGCUCAUCGCCUCGAUGGCGAAGGACGGCGUUGAUACUGAUUCGCUCGUCAACACUAUCCAAGCCUUCGUGGGCAUGGGCAAGCCCUUCGCGUACCAGACUUGUCCGCCGCCAGGCCGCUGA